AUGCUUGAGCUAUUCCAUCCCUUGAAAAAGCCAUAUCAGGAGUCCAAAAACCUCAUGUCCGCAGAGGACAGCAGAGUACAGCCUACAGUAGCCAUUCACAGCCUACUCUCCGGCGGAAGUUGGUCAGUGCUGUGCAGCGGGACUCGCCGUACUGGCGCCCAGUACGAACCAGAAACAUGCAGCGGCGCGGCGAUCCAAGGGGAACCAGAUUUCCUCAUUGCGAAGAGCUGCAGAGAGACUUUGACUCAGAUGUACCCCAACACCUUCGAAGGCUCCAUGACGACCCAGCCACCUUCGGGGACUGAGCAACAGAUUGACUUCAAGUACCCUUGGUGGGAUGGAAACUGGCUGACCUAUGAGGAUUACAAGACCCGAGUGGAGUUGAGAGCUGAUGCCAGCAAAGAAGAAGACUUACCCUUCUUAGGGCCCCGAUUGGCCUCCAACUUGGUCGGCAAGGCCUUUGACACCUUGGGAGAGAUUUCUCGGGAAAGCCUGAAGAAAGCAGAUGGUUGGUCCUAUCUGUUGAAGUUCUUAGAGGGCAAGCGUGGUCGAGCCAAGGUUGAUUUGCUUGGCGAUAUGUUUAGUGAGUUUUUCCUGAAACGUGAAGCUUACCGGAAAGAUGGUGAAGAAUGGAAUGACUAUGAGGUCCGCUUCCGUACUUUGGUGCGGCGAAUGGACCGUGCGGUAAAGGAGGCCAACACCGAGGCAAAGAUUCCAAGUGAGAUGUACGGUUGGUUUCUUCUGAACUUGUUCAUGAAGCUUUCACCUUCCGAUACGGCAAAUAUCCGUGGAAAGUCAGGGUCCUACCAAAUGGAGGAUGUCAUGGCUGCCAUCAAGGUCAUGUGGAGCAGUGGUGGCCUGGCUUCACGGGACCAGGAGGUGAAGGUGAAGAAGAACCAGCCCGGACAUACUUAUGCAGUAGAUGAUGAAGAGCCAGUGGAAGAACAGCAAGAGCCCAAUGGGAUCUAUGAAGUGGAUGAUGAGUUGGAAGAAAUCCAAGAAUGGCAUGAUGAGGCCAUUUUGGCCCUUGCGGAGGAACCGACGGAUGGUGAGGUAUUGGCCAACUUCCGAGAAGCCCGGAAAGCCUUAGACCAAGCACGGACGGCCCGUGGCUUUUACCCUCCUUUGCCAUCACACAUGGACAAGAUCUGUAUGAGAUGUGGGAAAAAGGGUCACAUUGCCCAGUUCUGCCCUCAGAAGCCUGGCCAGCCUUCAGGCCAUGGUGCCAUAGGCUUCGUUGGACUUGCCAUGGCCGCGGACACCUGGCAGUCCUCACCAGAUGCAGGGAAUCCAUGGUGCUUGGAAGAAGAUCUUGAUGACUGCUACGAGAGGGUUGAUGAAACCAUCCCAUCCGCCAUCCUGGUGACAACUGAGCCAGAAGCUUGUUGGUCUACCAGUAUGGAUACGGAGCAGCAUCCUGUCUACGCACUUGGUCCAUAUACACGUGGCCGAGCCAUCAUUGACUCUGGUGCCUCGGACAACAUUGUGGGAGCCGAAACUUUGCAGGAGCUGGCUGAUUGCCUCAAUGAGCUGGAGUUUUCGGCAGAGCAGGAGAUCAAGGUUGACCGUGAGAUUCACAAGCAGUUCGUCUUCGGCAACAACGCCACCUCGGCAGGCCUGGGACUUUCCCAUGUCAAUGCCGGUAUGUGUGGUCAGCAGGUGCCAAUUCAGGCACACCUGGUCGAAGGUGGUACUCCUUUCCUCCUGUCUUCCAAGUUUCUGUAUGACAUGGAUGCCACAAUCAACUUUCGGAGUGGGGUUGCAGUCUUCAAGACAUUGUCAUCCAGGCAGUUCAAGUUAGAGCGAACACCAAGUCACCAUCUCAUGGUUCCUCUGACCGCAUUUGCUGGCAAUGACAAAGUGACCAACACCCUGUUCCUGCAUUCUGACGAAGAGGAUCUGAGCGUGCAGCACUUGAGCCAGCCUGCUGACGAUCCGAAUGUACAGGGUGCACAGCCACCAGCCGGCGAAGAUACCACCACCAUUUUGGAUAAGGGGGCCCCCCAAGAAGAAUAG